AAAUAAAUUUAAAAAAAUAAAUAAACAGAUAAAUUACAUCAUUAAUUUCAAAUAAAUAAAUCUAAAAAUCUAUUUUUCUUACUUGAUAUUAACAAUUCGAUAUAUUCUGAUAUAUCGUUAGUGAUUCAAUUCUCGAUUCUUGACAUAAAAUUUAUCAAUAACCGGCCACCAAACCCAAGUCAUCGGCAGUUUCGUCAAAAUCCUACGGGUUUAACGUUUACGUCUUUCAAUAAUUAGUCGUUUUUCUUAUUAAUAUAUAUUUUAUUAAAUAUAUAUCAAGUUAUAUUUUAAAUAAAUAUGGCAUCAGAAGGUGGACUUGCACCAGAUGCUGCAGCGGGUGCUAAUGCCGAUGGCAUCGUUGGUGGUCCGCGGACACCCCAACAAAUUGCAUCACAGAAACGUCUUCAGCAGACACAAGCUCAAGUCGAUGAAGUCGUCGACAUAAUGAAAACUAAUGUCGAGAAAGUAUUAGAACGAGAUCAGAAACUUUCUGAGCUUGAUGAUCGAGCUGAUGCACUGCAACAAGGAGCAUCACAGUUUGAACAACAGGCGGGUAAACUUAAAAGAAAAUUCUGGCUACAAAAUUUAAAGAUGAUGAUUAUUAUGGGCGUCAUCGGAUUGAUAAUAUUGGCCAUCAUUGUUGCAAAAUUCAUGCCGGACUCUCCACCAGCACAGCAAGCUGGGCCUGUUUAUCAAUACGGACCACCACCAGGUGCCCCAGUUGGUCAACCAGCCCCAGCUCCAGCUGCUGGCCCCGCGCAAUCAGCCCCCGCGGCUGCUUACGUCGGUUCGCUCAAUGAUGGACUAUUUCGACGCAGUGUCAUGUAAAAAAAUAUUAAUUACUAAUAACAAAUAUAUUAUUAAUUAACAUGAUAAUAAUAACACCUAAAAAAAUGAGGUACUGCUUAAAUUAAAAAUUAAAAAAAAAAAGUACAUAAAUAAAUAAGAUAUGAAAAUGAUGAAAUUCUUUUCCUUUUUUUUUCUCAAUAAAAUUAUAAUGUAAUAUAAUGUAAUAAUAACAACAAUAUGCAAUUAGAAAAAUUACUCAUUAUUAAAUAAAUAAUAUUCAACUUAAUAAAUAUAAAUUUAA